AUGGCGCCGAAGAAGAAACCUCAGACGAAGCAAAGCAACAAACCUGUUGCUUCUUCUUCUUCAAUACCAAAUUCGAACCACAAGAAACCUUCUAAAGUCCCAAAACUUCUGAUUUCGCCGGAGGACGAGGACCAUUUGCGGCGACUCCUGCUCAAAUUUCGCCGGACAGUUUAUCCGGCUAGGGCUCCUCUCCGCAGUGCGCUUUACGUCGCUCAGAAGAAGAAGAAACUCAUUGACCUCUACGAGAAACUCUCUUGCGAAGCCUUCUCAAAUGAUCAUAUUGAUUCCGCUCUCUCCUCUCUAAGACUUACCAUUGCUGUUGCAGGAGGCUCUGUCAGUGUGAUAUCGACUUCAAGGAAAGAUAGGAACGAGUGUCCUGAAUCUCCUACAACAGGGGAAGAUUUGAGUGAGUCUGCUGAAUCUUCAAACAUUCCUACCACAGGUGAAGGUUUAGUUCCAGUGAAGGGAAAGCGAGAUGAAGAAGAGACUCUGGGUUCUUGUCAAUCAUCUCAACCUGAUUGGAUUCGGGUAUCAGAAUCACUGUUGGAAUCUGAGUUUCAGCGUGAACAAUCUCUUGAAGACGAUACAGAAGAAGAAGAAGAAACCUCUUCCAUGCCUGAUGGUGUCCAUGAGUCAGUAACUGUUGACGCUCUCUCUAUCCAGAUGUUAGAUGACUUGAACUUGGAUGCAAAUCUUUUUAAGAGAUGUAGUCCUAAGGAAAUUCAACCUAAAGAUCUUCCCUUAAGUCCCUGA